AAUGGUUUUGCUUUGGCCUUCUUGCGCCGGAAAUGUAAUCAUUAUCAUACACAACUUUAACUUCAAAGCAAAAAGAUGAAGAUGUUCCGGCCACCGCGGUGGUCCUGCUUCCCGUGGUUGCUACUCCUCCGCUUUCCAAGCACCGCGAGCGCCGGUAAUGCGGCAAACGCCGCGAAACCCCCGGUCGACGCGGAAUUCGACAUCCAGGAAGUGCUUGGUAGCGGACAGGGCAGCGACGUCUACCGAGUCGUCAAGAGGAAGAAGCAUAAGCAUAAGCACAUACACGACCACGAAAAAAUCGACCCGGUCGGCAGGGGUGUAGAAGUUCUUGGCCCUCCUCCUCCUCACCCGCCUCCUCCUCCUCCUUCUCCUCCUCCUGUAGAAGUUCUUGACCCAAUUGCAGUAGACGAUCAUAACGUUCAAGACGUAGAGGUACAGCACAGCCGGGAGCAGGAGGUCGAGGUUGAUGUUGAAGAACGAGAUGCACCUAGUACUCCUGAUGAUGAACCACAGGAGGACGAGCAACUCGCGUUGAAGUUUUUCGAGCCUCGGAGGUGGCUGGAGUCUGACAUUGCAAUGGGGAAACUGGAGCACGUCGACCAGUCGGCGGUCCGGCAGUUUUUCAAGUGGGGGAGGAGUGGCAUCCGACACUUCCUGACCGGGUUGGAACUGCUACCAGAUGGGAUGGUGGAAUUCAUUGUCUCGCUGUGGACACUGGAAACGGUUUGCGCGUUUCUGAAAUGGCUCCUUGGGCUGCCGAGCGGUACAACAGUGAUUGAGCUCUUGGCGUUGGCGCGAGGGGAGCAACUCCCCGUGAAUUUUAACACCGCCAGCGAGCAGCAGCAAGAGCAACCGGUCGUACAGGAGGUCGGGGCAAAUCUAGUCGGAGAGCUGUUCGAGAACGUGAUGCAAAACGCGGCGCAGGGAACCAACUUGAUUCAGGGUGCGGCGGAGCAACUUGCACUCGGAGCGGUGAAUCAGUGGGCCGCUCAACCGCUGCACUACGACGCGCCGCAUGGUGAGGGGAGCAGUGGUGGCGCUGCUGGAACGAGAGUGCACCACGGCAAUGGCGCUUUUCCGAUACACGAGGCUGAGCAGCUCGCGGGACUUCAGGGGAACAUGAAUGUCGCCGCGGGACGAGACGAAGGCAACACAGUUGUAGAUCCAAACGUUGUGGAUUUCUACCACGAGAGAGGACCAACACAACUUCCCGUGACGGGAGAAAACACCUCUGGUACAACAACUCCCAGGAGCGGUCGCUCUAGCGAAAAUGAAUCGGAGCUGCAAGGACGACAGCCAGUGGCGCCGAGGGAAGAUGAGAAAGAAAUAAAUCGACACAGCACUUCCCCACAUUCAAUAUCCGUAGCCGCGCCGCAAGCCGCGGCAGCAGACGAGCCUCCCUCCGCAACGGCUAGGACCCGAAGCUCUACUACUCCUCGCAGACCCACCAGGCACGAUCCUGAGUUAGUCGUUCCUUCUGUGUCUUUUGCUACACGGAACAAGACACAACAUCUCCUCGAGCCAGGAGGAGAUGAUCCGCAGGGCGUGGUUCGGGUCGAGGUCCCGCAAGCGACGCAGAGGGACGCGGAGAAGCAGGAGAGUGAGGAAAACUAUCCUGAGUAAAAACGUCCCCACACCAGAGUUGUCAUGCAGAUUUGCAAUGACAGGAACAUUUGUAAUGCGCAUCGCCAGGAGAGGCAUUUUUAGUCGUGUUUUGGAAUUUGUAAUGCUGUAAACAGGAUAAGUAGAUGGAUUUAUGAUGCAGCUGGCCUUGCGAACCUGCACUACAGUACGGACUGCAACUUGUGAUGCGUGACCCCCAAAAGUUCUAGGUUUGUGUUGCAAAAUCCCCAUCUUGACUCUGGUGUGGGGAUGUUUUUACUCAGGAUAAAAACGAGUUUUUCUUUUCGCCUCCCAAAAGCGCCAUCAUGUUACCACAAGACGUGGACGGGUUGUUCGGUGGACUGCCGCAAAAAGACAGUUUGAACCUCUUCCCCGCAGCCAACAUACAAAAGUCUGCGAUGUAUUCAUCGGGCGGGGUUAACGACACCAUGAGUGGGGUGUCCUGUGACGAACAAGCCGGGAUGUGCAUGGAAAUCCCCCGGUCUAAUGCUUUCUUCGGCAACGGGGGAAACAACGGGGUUGCCGGGCUGUGGGGCUUCACCAAUGCCAUGCAGAAUGCGCAACCACCUGGAGGUGGUCAGCAAAUGAAUCACGGAAGUAGUGCAGCUGGCAGCGGUACUAGCGCUUCCCGGCAGACCUCUGCUCACGGCGGAACAAACGCCGGCACUACGGAGGAGAACGCUUUGGAAUUGCUGAAGAGUUUCGCGAUCCGCUUACUGAAAGAUGAGCGAGGGGAAACGGAGGUGAGCGACGAAAUGCGGGAACAGUAUCAGAGGAUUCGGGAGCACAUUGUCCAAACUUACCUCCCCACCCUCCGGCGCGAGUGCCAACUCAUGUUUCAGGCACACAAUGCCUGGGAGCAGAAGGUGGCGGCUGGGUUUUUCCCGAAAGGGCAGUUUGAACUGAAAAACCCCUUUCCAAAUUGCCACGUGGACCAAAGUCAACUCACGUUGCCAGCCACAACGCAGGAGCUGCUGCAGAUGCAAAAUGAAUACGCGAAACAGCAGCAGGAUCUUUCACGAGACGAGCACGGGUCAUCUUCUCUGACAAGUAGUGGUGCAACAGGUCAACAUUUCGCUGACCCGGUGCUCGACUUCUUCCAGAACAAGUUGAAAAAGGGCUUUUACAUGGUUCUGGACUACGUCAGCGACUCCAUACCUCUCGAUGCGGUGCCUCACUUGCUGCAGAAAGAUUUGUUCCCGACUCUGUACGAAACCUACCUUCUCUCCGCCUUCUCCAACUUCCACCCCUAUCCCGAAGUCACCGCUCUCCAGCAAAUGCGCGACAACAUCGAGGCGCAGGUGACGAGUUACCUGUACUCGCGGGUGUUCGCACGGCUCCAGAACGCCCUUCUGUUCCUGCACGCGGAUCUGCAUCUUGUCCACAAUGACGUGCAGGGCGGGAACAUUUUACUCCAGAAAUCGAAGUUGGUCGAAGGGAUCAGGGCACUGUAUGAAGAUGUCGCGAAUGUGGUCACGCUUGAGGGGAAAUUGUCGUACGCGAGCGGUGGAAUUGGGAAUGAACUGGAAAACCAAAACCAGGAAAACUUCAAGAGCAAGAACGCCUGGGGAGCCGACACGUUCGCGUAUCAGAAAGAGCAAGCGUACAUCGUCGAUCAGCUGGGGGACAGGUUCGGUUUGCAUAUCAACGGAGCUGCCUCGGGUGCUGGGAGUGGGUCGUCGUUGUUCUCCUCAACGAGAGGAUCCGCUUCCAAGGAGGAGUUAAGUGCGCUUUUGACGCUGAAACGGGCGCUGUUGAACAUUCGGUUUCCUGCCAUGUGGUCGUUGGGCAUAACGGUGGAGAGUACAGAGCAAGCGGAAAAUGAAUUGCAGAAUAAUAAUUUUCGCUACCCAGGUGGAGGUGGACAUGCACCAGGUUCUUACUAUGCUGGUGGACACAACAACUACAACUUCCAAAAAGCUACGAGCCGGUUCGAAUUUCUCGAACUAACAAUCGUGGACUUCGGUUUGACGGUUCCGAAGCUUCAGCCCGCGGUUUCCUUCGCACAGGGCUUCGCUUUACCGCUGAAGCAGUUCUGCUUGAUGCAGAAAAACUGUCGGCAUUUGUCCGUCCCGGUGGACGACAUGUUCGCCUUGGGGAUCACUUUCCUCACUUUGAUCAACGGCCCUACCGCCCUCCGCUGGUCCAGCGCGGAGUUGGAAACCGACCGGGUUACAGCGUUGCGACAGGCUUGGAGGGAAGCAGCCGCGCAGUUGUUAAACUUUGAUGGGGCUUCAAUAUUGUUGAACGGUGCUCAACAAUUGGAUGCUGAGGGCUUGCGCAAUUUAGAGCAAGAGCAGUUUGUUUUCGGAGGAAUCAAUGCUGGUGGUGGACUACAGCAACAUCAAAGUUCCGCGAUGCAGCACCUGCAGCAGAACGCGGAGCGCAUGCUCGUCGCGAAUCAGAGAGCUUCAGCCCAAGUGUCAUCAACAGAAAAGGUGAAGCAGCAACAUUUACUGUUGGUGAGGCAGAUGGAAAUGGUGCCAAAAAGAGAACAGAUACUUGCCAGCACAGGAGGUGGACCACAACAAGGUAGUAGUAGAUCGACAAGCAGUAGUACUAGUGCUUCCUCUAACCACGGCAGUCCGGGGAUCUUUUUGUUGAAGGAGAAACUUCUGCCCCACCUCUUCCUUGAUCGGGUAGAGAACGGGGACAGCACGUUCCACGAGCUUUCGAAUAUCGCGUUACGGUUCGCCGACACCAUAUGGGAGUGUCAGGUUUGACAUCGACAAAGUUGAAAUAACUUGUAAUGCAUAAAAUCGAUACCAGUUGGAAGCCCAAUUUCUAAGCGGUGCAUGACAAAUUUCGGCACCGUCUAAAUCCAGUUUGUCAUGCUGUUUAGGGACAGACGGCGUCUUUUGUCAUGCUGCUUUAGCAUCUCUGUCGCAGACCCCAAGCAGGCUGACAGUCGGCUUCACUUGCCAUCCCUGCAAGAGAGACACUUCAUGCCUUGCAAUUUAUGCAUGAGAAAUUAUUUCAACUUUGUCGAUUUCAAACCUGACACUUCCAUACACCAUGCUUGCGUUCAAACACCCCCCUUUGUCCGAGCACAACCGGGAAGAGUAUGCAUUGCAAAUAUGUCUGGGUCUGGAAGAUUCCGAGAGUUGUCAUGCAGUUUCUCUAAGCUCCACCAAGUCUGCAAUGCAGGGCGUAGCGUCACAGGUUCUGGAGCCCCUUGGACAUGCCUAUUCUGCAUGAGAAAUGCCCUCUCAGCAUGGCCAGAAAUGGGGACCUUUUGCAAGUCAUGCAACACAGAUUUUUGUAUGAUCCGCAACACGCGUCACAAGUUGCAACCUUCCAGACCCAGACACUUUUGCAUGUGAUAAAGAGGCCUCUUUUACCAUUCUGCAGCGGAACUGGCUCUUGCUCGUCGAGGUCGUCCAUUUGUACUGGCUGCAGUUCACCACUUUGUGGGACCACGUCCCGGCCCUUGCGAUUUGUUUGUUGAUUUUUUUGGUUUUCUUCCUGCUGUCGAUCUACACCUUGUUGCUGCUCUUGGGUUGGUACAUGCUGUCCGGGCGCUUGCUGAAGCAGUACAGUGACGAAGAGAUGGAAUUCACGAACACCUCCAGCUCGCCGGUCAGCGAAGACGAACACUCCUGUACGUUGGAAAUCAGGACAUAUGACGAGAGAAACAGAAACACCAGCAGUGGCAGGUCGCCCGUGUAGGUUGAGGACGUCGGGAGAUGAUGGUAAACCAAUGGUAAAUGUUUUUUUUUUGCGCAGUUCCAGAUGAAAUUUGUUUGAAAAUUUUUUACAACGGAAGAUUUUAAGUAUGUCUUGCGUUUGGUCGGCAGGGUUAUUGCAGUGUAGAAAGCUGCACUGGCCUUGCCACCGCCACCGCAGAAUUCCAUGUUCGCUUGCUGAGAAUAUAACCUUUGUUUGCCGAAGUUUUUGAUCUUAAAGGAAAAUGAUUUAAUGACAUAGCGUAAGUACUAGAAGCAGCUGUUGAAGUGGUUGUGGUUUUCUUUUUGCCAAAACUAAGAAGCCAAAUCUGUAUUCCAGCUGGCGGAAAAUGAAGUGAAAAUUCCCAGAUAGAAUUUUGCAAUGAACUCGAGGGCAGGACCACAUUGCUUUUUUGCGAAAGUCGCUCUGAUUUCCUAUGAGGACGUAGAGAAAAAAACAGAGAGCUUGUUGGAAAUAACAAUGAGACAAAAACGCACUUCGUCUAGAGGCUUGAACCAGAUUUAUUGUCGCGUUAGCAUUAGCGCUUUGUGAUGUAUUUACUCGGUCGGAAAAACUACAAAGAUAUAAAAAA